AUGGCUGGCGAAGAAGUUCCGGGCACGGUUAAGAGACCUGCCGAGCUCUACGAAACUCCGGAUGCCAAGAAGGCGAAGACUGACGGUGAACCCAAGAUAAAUCCUCUCACAGAGAGGGAAUACUCAGAUAGAUACUAUGAGAUCUUGGAGAAGCGUCAGAAGCUCCCGGCAUGGGAAGCGAGGAAAGAGUUCCUCAAACUCAUCAAGCGCAACCAGACUGUCGUACUGGUGGGGGAGACCGGCUCCGGAAAGACUACACAGCUGCCGCAGUUCCUCCUCGAGGCUGGCUACCACAUGCAGGGAGACAAAUCCAAAGGUAUUGCCUGCACACAGCCUCGGAGAGUGGCGGCAAUGAGUGUAGCCCAAAGAGUAGCAGAUGAGCUAGACACGUUCCUUGGUGCGCACGUUGGCUACCUUAUCCGGUUCGAGGACAAGACCUCUUCAGAGACGAUCCUAAAGUUCCUGACAGAUGGUAUGCUGCUGAGAGAAGCCAUGACAGAUCCGCUGCUCACGAAGUACAGCGUAAUCAUCCUGGAUGAAGCUCACGAACGAACUCUGGCAACAGACGUUCUAUUUGGGCUUAUCAAAGAGGUUAUGAGGCGGAGACCAGAUCUCAAGUUGGUGGUCAUGUCGGCAACGAUGGAUGCUCAGAAGAUGCAGGGAUAUUUCGACAACGCUCCCCUGCUCAACAUCCCUGGCCGGACACAUCCCGUGGAGAUCUUCUAUACCUCUGAGCCAGAGAGAGAUUACCUUGAAGCGGCCAUGCGCACAGUGGUGCAGAUCCACAACUCGGAGCCCGAGGGAGAUAUCCUCCUCUUCCUGACCGGUGAGGAGGAGAUCGAGCAAGCUUGCCGUCAGCUGCGGAAGGAGAGCUCCAGGAACCCGGAGAACGGCGAGCUGGUGGCCGUGCCUUUGUACUCCUCUCUGCCUCCGCUGCAGCAGCAGCGCAUCUUCGAGCCGCCUCCGGGGCCGCGGUUCCCCGGGGGUCCACCCGGCAGGAAAGUGGUCGUGGCGACCAACAUUGCCGAGACAUCCAUCACUAUUGAUGGAAUUGUCUACGUGGUGGACCCUGGCUUCGCGAAGCAGAAGGUCUACAACCCGCGAAUCCGCGUGGAGUCGCUCCUGGUCUCCCCGGUGUCCAAGGCAUCAGCUGCGCAGCGCGCCGGGCGUGCCGGCCGCACACGGCCAGGGAAGUGCUUCCGACUGUACACGGAGAAGGCUUUCACCACAGAGCUUGCCGAGCAAACCUAUCCUGAGAUCCUCCGGUCCAACCUGGGUGUGGUGGUGCUGACCCUCAAGAAACUGGGAAUCGACGACCUGGUCCACUUCGACUUCCUAGAUCCUCCCGCGCCGGAAACCAUGAUGCGAGCAUUGGAGAUGUUGAACUUCUUGAAUCAUCUUAACGAUGAUGGGGAUCUCACAGAUGCCGGAGACCAAGCCGCAGAAUUCCCGCUGGACCCGCAGCUGGCGAAGAUGCUCAUCGACUCGCCCAAGUUCAAGUGCAGCAACGAGAUGCUGUCCAUCUCCGCCAUGCUUUCGGUGCCCAACGUUUUCGUCAGACCGAAAGAAUUCGGCAAAGAAGCUGACGAUGCAAAAGGCCGCUUCACACAUUUGGAUGGAGACCACCUCACCCUCCUCAACGUUUUCCAUGCGUACAAGCAGUAUCUCACCGAGGGCGCAGAUCCAACACAGUUCUGCUUCGACAACUACAUCAACGCGAGGUCCAUGAAGUCUGCGGAGAACGUGCGCGAGCAGCUCAAGCGAACCAUGGAGCGCUUGAACCUGCAGAUGCUCAGCACGGACUUCAGAGACAAGGAGUAUUAUCCCAAUAUCAGACGCUGCCUGGUGGCCGGCUAUUUCAUGCAGGUUGCCCACCUCGAGAAGAGCAACCACUACCUGACUGUCAGAGACAACCAGGUUGUGGCUUUGCAUCCUUCCACGGGUAUCACGCACAAGCCGGAAUGGGUGCUCUACCACGAGUUCGUGCUGACGUCGAAAAACUUCAUCCGAACUGUGACCCAGGUGAGAGGCGAAUGGCUCUUGGAGAUUGCGCCGAGCUACUACGAUGUCAGGAACUUCCCGAAGUCCGAGGCACGAAACCAGCUGGAGCGGCUGCAGGCAGGGAAGAGCAAACCCCAGCAGCCCCAGCACCAGUGA